UAGACAAUGUUUGCUGUGUUUACUCAUCUGUGAUAUGUACAUCGUUUUUGUGUUUUAGGGUGAAAUUUUAUGUUUAGUCAUUUCUGUGUUGAGAUAUCGAAAUGCCAAACUUCCGCCUGGAAACAAACAUUCCAAAAAAUAAAGUCACUGUAGACUUUCUGAAGCAAACUACUGCACUGAUGGCCAAAACGCUUGGAAAGCCGGAAAGUUACUGUGUUGCUGCUGUUAUACCAGAUCAGCCAAUGGCAUGGGGUGGAAGUACUGAGCCAUGUGGAACAGCAACACUAAUGUCCAUUGGGAAAUUGGGCGUUGAAGAGAAUAAAAAGCACGCAGCCCUUCUGUAUGACCACAUAGAAAAAAAUCUUGGAAUUCCUCGUAACAGAUUGUAUAUCACAUUUACCGAUGAGGAUGCUGCUAAUGUGGGCUAUAAUGGAACAACUUUCCACCAGAUCUUUGGUGGAAAAUAAAGGGAUGCUGUAGCUGCACAGCCUGCUGCUACAUAUUGAUGAAUUACAUUGCUCAUAGUCAGAGCUAUGAUUUUGCUCUGACUUUAUGAAAUAGGACUUAGGCAAUAGUAUAGCUAAAAUCGGGGAUAUGGACAUAUGUUAACUGAAUGCUGUGCAGAGUCAUGACUUGUACUGUCUGUAUUCAUUAUAGGGAAUUGCUUCAUGCUGUACACACACUACCAGUUCAAUAUGCUAUAAAACAAUAAAUUAUGUUGUUACAUACCAGGUGAGGGAAAGAAAAUUUGAUUCAUGAAUAUGAUAAUGUCUUUUUAAUAAACCAAAACAAAUUGUCACAAAAAUUUAUAAGCCUCUACAGUUCUGAGUGCAACUUCUUGAAUAUACCAUAGACAUUCAGUGCGGAAUAAAAUUUAGCAGAUAUGUAGAAGUAACAAUAUUGUUAUUGUGGGUUCUUAAAACUAUAUGAACCACUUAUUUUAAAUGUUCAUCUUUCAGAUCUUCCACAUUAGUUGGGGUGUAUCUGCAGAUUAAGGACAUGGCCUCCUUGUGAAUGUGCCUUUGUUUAAACUGAAAUUAAGAAUUUUGGCUCUUCCAUACUGCCAAGAAGAUUAUAACUCACAUGUAAUGAACCAUUAGUUGAAGACUGCCUUUG